AAAAGUAGUACUGAUUAGUGAGCUAAAACCUGAAAUAAUGAAGUAUUUUAAUUAAGUAAGUCUAAUGCUCCUAAACAUUAUUUGUAGCAUUUAUAUACUUUACAUGAUCCUGAUUUUAAAUGUAUGAAAUGCAUUGAACAGAAUUAAAUUUACAUCUACCAUGAAAUCCUACUACAGCUUACAAGAAAAAAUCUUCUACUUUGCUCUGCUCUCCAGGAUUGUGAUCCUUGGAAUUCAGGUGGUAGCCAAUUGGAUCAUUCCUGAUCAUGAAGCAGAUGCAUUUGUGUCUCCACCUGAUCCAGAUCUUUCUGUGGGCAUAGUGGACCAAAUUGUCACAGGUCUCAUAGGGGGCCUGGUGCGCUGGGAUGCUCAAUAUUUCAUACACAUAGCCGAGUAUGGGUACACUCAUGAAAAUACUUUGGCAUUCUUCCCUUUGUAUCCACUCCUUGUCAGGCUCUUGGCCAAUGUGGCAUUCAUACCACUGCAUUUCAUCAUAAACUACCACACAACAAUUAUCCUUGUAGCUGUUAUUUUAAAUUUUUGUUUAUUCAUCAUAGCUAGUGGUAUUUUUUACCAGCUCAGCGGAGAAGUUUUGGGUAAUGAAGUACUGGCCUACAGAGCAUCAAUACUUUUUUGCAUCAAUCCAGCAAGCAUUUUCUUCUCUGCCCCAUACUCGGAAUCUCUCUUUGCUCUUUGCACAUUUUGUGCAUUACUGAACUAUGAACGUGGAGGUGGCUGGGCCGCGCCAUCACUCUUUGGUGCUGCUGGCUGUGCUCGCUCCAAUGGACUUGUUAACAUUGGAUUUGUACUCUACCACAAACUCCAGCACUGUUCUGCUUAUUAUUAUAGGCUGAGAAGUGCUCGAAGUGAUUCAUCAAAUGCAGUAUCAAUGGUUCUCAUUGUUCUACUAACCUUCAACUACACAUUGGUGCCUCUCUUUGUGGCCUCCUUCUGCGUGGUUGCACCUUUUCUCUUCUUCCAGCUCUGGUGUUACAAGACAUAUUGCGGUGAUGAAGCUGCCUUGUCUCUGCCUCCCCACCUGGAGUCUUUUGUGCGCACAAACUUCCUGCAUUCCCCUGACCUGGGGGAGGCUGAGUGGUGCUACGCUGCCCUGCCUCUUGCUUACACGCACCUCCAGGACAAGUAUUGGGAUAUCCUAUGGAGCUUGGGCAUCCCACAUCCCGACGACGUGAUUGCUCCUCCCAAGCCUCGUUCCAAGGCCAAGAAGAACGACGCAAAUCCCGACACUCGCAGCGUCUCGUCGCCGAAUAAAGCGAACUGUUCAGCCCCUCGCGGUGGCGGUGGAGGUGGCCGGGUCGUGUGGUGCAGCAGCGGCGUGUACUCGUGGCGGGUGUUUGUUUACACGGUGCACAGUCUCGCUGUGUGCUUCUUCUGUUUGCUCUUCGUAAAUGUGCAGGUGACGACACGUCUGGUGUGCUCGAGCUGCCCUGUGGUCUUUUGGUUCGCAGCUCAUCUGAUGACGCCCGACGACGUCCAUCCCCGCUCUUCCAGGCCUUCCGCCAGCCGCGUCCGUCCUGAGCCCCUCGAGAACAUGGACAAGAUCUUCACUGUCGAACUCGUGUCUAAAAUGCCUUCCAAUUUCUGGGGUCAAAUUGUUCUGAGUUACUUCCUUCUUUAUUAUUUCCUGGGGACUGUAAUUUUUUCUAACUUUUUACCUUGGACGUAGACUGGUUGGUGAACAUAUCUUAGGCGACCGCGAGUCAAAAAUGACUUUCAAUUGAUGAAGUUAGAUUCUCACGAAUGGCCUGCGUCUUUUGUCUUCUGACAAAUUUUGUAGAGGUCGAUAUCUUUUUCCAGUCUCAACUAUACUUCUCUAGUCAGUAUUGUAAUGAUAAUUGUACCUACGAAUUACCCUGAGUUGGUACUUGCUACCAGCAACAGCCCCUGAUUCGGAAAUGAAAAUGUUGAAUCACAAUAUCUCUUUAACUUUUUAUUAAAAUAACACUCGAGUCAAUCGAUGCGAGACACGUUACCUACUACAUGUGUUCUUCAGAAUGCAAGCCAUCCCAGCUAGCAUUCCACUGCAUUUUAAUGUAAAUUUUAACUGAAACCUAAUUUCCAAAGCUUCUUUUCGCGGCCGCGUUCGAUUAGUGGUACCGGUAACAGCCAUGAGUAGAUACACCGACGCCAUUCUUGAUUGAUCCCGCACUUAUGCUAGAAUUGCUUAAUUAAUGUCACACUUGUAUCAGAAUUCCUUAAUUAAUGUCACGCUUGUAAUAGAAUUGCUUAAUUAAUGUCACACCUGUGCUAAAAUUGCUUAAUUAAUCAAGCCUUUUAGCUAGAAUUGCUUCAUUUUUUUCCAUUUCGAUCUUAUUUUGCGUUUCUAGAAUUGCUGAAUUAAAAAAUUUACCCCCUGGCCCCUAAGAUUCUACCACUCAGGAAGAACGUUUUUCUGUGCAAUAAAAAUUUGUAUUCACUUAUGAAAAUGCUUACUAACAAACUGGCGCUCAAACUCGAACCUUCCGUAGGUAUUUGCCUUGAUUGAAGGGGUUUCACUCGUCCACAAUUUUACUACCAGGGCUUUAAUCGGAGCUAUAAUUUGUAGCUGGCUGAAAAGUAACUCAUUACUAACCAAACCAACGCCUGUAUUAUUACCGCUGUGGUGAAAUCGUAUCACAAUAUGGCAAGUACUGUGUUCUCCUCUCCGAUGUUCCUCCAACGCAACAGUCUUUUUCCUGCCACUGAUGUCCUCGUUGUGACGUUGCCUUCUGUUCACCAAGAGUCCUUGCAUUGUUUCCUGAUAUUUUCAAAGAUUUCAGCUGCUAUAUUAAUCUGGUUAAUUUGAUCUUCAAUCCAUAUUUAAGAAUUAGAGUCGUAGGUGAUCUUAUUUAAAUUUAACUUUUAUAAAACCAUCACUAACACUUGUGUCUAAAUCUCGAAUUGGAUUUUUCGUUAUUGCUCAAAAUUUUACCUUAUAUGAAUAUUAAAGCUAGAGAUGUUCUUAUUACGUUUCAGUUCACAUUCCGUUCGUGCUUUCCUUUCAUAACAAGAUAUAAGUUUUCAACUGAUUGAGGUACUCGGUUGGCAUUACUGUAGACUGGUAAGUUCCAAUGGUUGCUGUCCACGAAUAAUAUCUUUUUAUCUGUAGUUUCUAGGUUAAGGCCAAUUGAUCUCAAUGCUUUUGUUCGCAAUGUGCUAGGCGAUGCCUUUUGUCCAGGUUCUUACUUAUCCUAGAACUAGUUAAAUAUUUGAAGAGCACGUUAUUGUCCAGCUUGGAUAUCUCUAGUCUGAUUUCUGCAAUAUUCAUGCCUUUAUUAUAAGUAUUCAUGUACUCUUAGAGCGCCGUUACUUGCAAUUUACUUUUUCCGUCAUCAUGGCUGCUCUUUUAGGCAGCGAAGCUUUAAGCUUAAGGCUAUUUCGGUUGUUAUGUGCAUGCCCUUUUCAUAUGAUGAUACCGCUAAUCAACUGAAUUCUCCUAUUAGCAGAGUGGAGACCGUAUUCAGUACAGAGCAAAGUUCAUAUUCUAAAAUCGAACGUUUGAAUUGAUAUAAAUUUUAGGAAUAGUCACCUCGCAGUUUUUGUUUUCAAGUCAUUCACGUGCAUCUUUCAUGCCGCUUACCUUGGUAGCUUAAAAGUUGUUUCUGGGUAGGGCUGUGUUGAUGAGAACUGCUGCCUGCAUAUUAUUGUGUCUGCUUAGGCUGCAUUAAAGCUGAUUGAAUA